AACACUGUUCUGUUCACAAUUUCCAGCUUGUUCUUUGCAAUCAGUACUUUUCAGUCAGAUAAAGUAAAAAACUAAAAGUAUUUUUGCAUAAUUCUACAGACAUUUAAAAGACUCAGCAAUAUUUCAAGGACAGUUCUUUUUUUCUACAGGAAACUACUAUCAUAUCUAGUGGGGAGUUGAUGGACAAACACUCAAAAAUGCUGGAGGAUGUCAAUCGAGUCACAAAAGAGCUCAAGUAUCUGUACUUUAAGAAGCUCCUACCUAUAGAGAAGCAAUAUGGCUUCCAUCAUUUCCACUCUCCCAGCUUAGAAGAUUCGGAUUUUGACAACAAACCAAUGGUGCUUGUGAUGGGUCAAUACUCGACAGGGAAGACUACUUUUAUCAGAUAUCUCCUUGAUCAAGACUUUCCUGGGAGCCGUAUUGGUCCAGAGCCAACCACAGACAGCUUCACUGCCAUCAUGCAUGGGGAGGUAGAAGGACUGAUCCCAGGGAAUGCUCUGUCAGUAGACCCCAGAAUGCCCUUUCGCCACCUCAACUCUUUCGGAAACACUUUCCUGAAUAGGUUCCAAUGUGCCCAGCUUCCAAAUCAGGUUCUGGAGAGUAUCAGCAUUAUUGACACACCAGGAAUUUUAACUUCCGCCAGGAGGAGAAUGAGUCGAGGAUAUGAUUUGCCAGCAGUGCUGCACUGGUUUGCAGAACGUUCAGACCGCAUCAUCCUUCUGUUUGAUGCUCAUAAACUGGAAUUCUCUGAUGAGCUCACCCGGGCCUUCGGAGCUCUGCGUGGCUGUGAAGACAAGUUGCGUGUGGUGCUGAAUAAAGCAGACAGGGUUGACUCCCAACAGCUGAUGCGAGUGUAUGGUGCACUCAUGUGGUCUCUGGGGAAGGUCUUUCAAACCCCUGAGAUACUACGAAUUUACAUUGGCUCUCUCUGGUCACAGCCACGUCUGACGUCUGACCACCGUCAACUGCUGGAGCUUGAAGAGCUUGAUCUUUUAGCAGACUUGCGGAACCUGCCUCACAAUGCUGCAGUACAGAAACUCAAUGACAUUGUUAAGAGGGCACGCCUUGUUAGGGCCCAUGCACAUAUCAUCAGCCAUCUGAAGCAAGAGAUGCCAACCAUUUUCUGUAAGGAGAGCAAGAAACAUAACCUGAUCUACGAGCUUCCUCUCAUCUUCUCCAAGAUCCAACAGCAGCAGCUAGUUCCAGCUGGUGACUUCCCAGACUGUGCCAAGAUGCAGGAACGACUUAUAGGUCAAGAUUUCACAAAGUUCAAGACUCUCAAGCCAAGCCUAAUGGCUACCUUGGACAAGUUACUGUCCACUGACAUUGCUAAACUGAUGCCUUUACUACAUCAAAAGGAACUGAAGAAGGCUACUCUGCCAGGGAUCCCAGAUGGAGCUUUCAUGGAAAUCAACAAGGGGCAUUCCUUUGAGCAAGUUACACAGAGUAGGGACAGUGGUGAAAUACAGGGUGAUGACUGGGUAGUAGCAAAAGAUAAACCAAAAUAUGAUGAGAUAUUUUACAAUCUAUGUCCACAUGAGGGUAAACUAAGCAGCACUAAGGCCAAAGAGUGGAUGGUCAGCACUCACUUGCCAAAUUCGGUACUUGGCCAUAUCUGGAAGCUGUCUGACGUGGAUGGUGAUGGGCUGCUGGAUGAUGAGGAGUUUGCCCUAGCCUUCCACCUCAUUGAGGGAAAGCUGGAGGGCUAUGGUCUCCCUGGACAGCUGCCUGCCCACCUGGUGCCACCUUCCAAACGUUUGCAAAAAGGGUUAGAUUGUUAGGAUUAUCCUACAUUUUUUAUUUUAUAUUCUUUAAAUCAGCAUAUGUCUGGUAUGUCCUCCUCUCUCUCUUAAGAAUAGUUUUUUCCAUUAUUGUUUCUUAUGCAGUCAUUUUGAAAGAUGCCAUUUAAAAUAACUGGAAAGCACAAUCAUUAUUUUAAUUUAACCGUUAUUUAAACAAGGCUAGUCAACUAACCAAUGCAGGGUUUUCCCAUUAUUUCCGAUCUCUACUAAGCUCACAUAUAUAUGUACUUAACAAUAUUCAUAAUAUGAAAUAUUUCUUCAUUUCAAUUUUAAAACCCAUGCAGUUAUUACAAAACUGCAAUACAAACAGAUUUCUAAAAUGUAUAAAUGUUUUAUAUCAUAAUCUAUCAAGGUAUUCAAAGGUCUUCCCUAAAUCUGAGAGAUUAAGAAAAAUGAAUUUUCUCCAGACCUGUAUUUAAUAAUGUACUUAUACUUUUGGACUCCGAAUAUUCUAGACUCGCUGAACUAGUUCAGCAUCCUCAGACAUCGCAAGAUCGUUUUAUAAUUGUGUGACAACAACGAUGACGUAGUCGGGAGGUCGAAUUUCCCAGCCAAACCAUUUGCUAGCUUGU